AAGUACAGCCUGGGCAUUUAAGGGACGUCACUCAUUUCCCCCAGCGACCUUGACAAGUCAGAAGCUUGAAAGCAGGGAAAUCCGGAUGUCUCAGUUAUGAAAUGAAGCAGUGGGGCUCCAAUAUAUUUCCAGAAGACUCCAUCUAGACUGGUGAUUGCCUGCUUCUAUUACUACCAGUGACCACCCAGGGUGCUUCUCUGGCUCAUAAGGGAUUUGCAUAAUGGCCAAGUGCUUCAGCCUGAUGUUGCUUCUUGCCUCCAUCUGGACCACAAAGCUCCUGGUCCAUGGCUCUCUCCGUGUAGAAGAACUUUCCAUCUCAGCACCAUGCAGAAUUGUAGGGGUCACCCUUGUGAACAAAAAGACAACCCAGCAGCUGAAUUUCACAGAAGCCCAGGAGGCCUGUAGGCUGAUGGGACUAACUUUGGCCAGCAAAGACCAGAUUGAAGCAGCAUGGAGGUCUGGCUUUGAGACUUGCAGCUAUGGAUGGGUUGCAGAUAAGUUUCUGGUCAUCCCUCGGAUUCUCCCGAACCCCAAGUGUGGGAAGAAUGGGAUGGGUGUCCUGGUUUGGAGAAAUUCACUCAGCAAAAAGUUCUUGGCCUACUGUUACAACUCAUCUGAUACUCGGAUUAACUCAUGCUCUCCAGAAAUUAUCACCACCAAAGAUCCCAUAUUCAACACUUAUGAGGCAACAUACACAACAGAAAUGAUCACCAGUGACAGUGCAUACUCGGCUUCAUCUACUGUUGCACCUUACUCUACUACACCUACUCUUGCUCCUACUUCUGCUUUGGCCUCCACUUCUCGACGGAAAAGAAAGUUGAUUUGUGUAACAGAAGCUUUUGUGGAAACUAGCACCAUAUCUACAGAAACAGAAUCUUACAUUGAAAAUAAAGCAGCAUUCAAGAAUGAAGUUGUUGGGUUUGGAGGUGUCCCCACGGCUCUGCUAGUGCUUGCGCUCCUCUUCUUUGCUGCUGCAGCUGGUCUCGCAGUUUGCUACAUCAAAAGGUAUGUGAAGACCUUCCCUUUUACAAACAAGAAUCAGCAGAAGGAAAUGAUUGAAACCAAAGUAGUAAAGGAAGAGAAAGUUGAUGAUAGCAAUCCUAAUGGGGAAUCAAAGAAAGCUGAUAAAAAUUCAGAAGAGCCCAAAAGUCUGCCCAAAACUACAGUGCGAUGCCUGGAGGCUGAAGUUUAGAAGAGAAAGAAAUGAGAGGACACACCUGAGGCUGAUUUCUUUCCUGAUUCAUAUCCUGGUCCUAGAUGGGGAAACUUAAAGGGCCAAAGAACCAAACAAGAAAGUCCACCCUUGGUUCCUAAAUGGAAUCAACUCAGGGCUACUUCUGGAUUAUGGAGUUCACCAAACGGAAUUCCCUUCUUACUGCAAUCCUUUCUGGAUCCUCCUACCUCCAAAGCUUCCCACAGCCUUUCUAGCCUGGCUAUGUCCUAAUAAUAUCUCUGUGGGAGAAAGGAGAUUUACAAACCACAAGAACCUAAAACAGCUAAUCAGAACGCAUUUAUAAAGAGGCUUCUCAGCUGGCUGACAAGAGGUGCGUUGAGAACCAAGAGAUUGUUGAGACCAAGCUUUUCUCUAUUGAUUCCACAGGCCAGAUCCUUUCUUCAGCUCUGAAAAAGUAACAUGCAUCACCUGGCAUGCCCUUCUGAGCCAGGCAAGAACAAAAGAAGGAAGGAAAAGUUCAGCAACUGAAGGUCAUGGACAUUCCCAUGACUUGAGACCUGAUCUCUGUAAAGCCAAAAUAAGUAGAGAAAAAGAAUGAGGCCAAGGAUGUUGCCAGCAUAUUGUCAGCAGGGACUAUAAGUACAAACAGGGUCAAAGUAGUCAUCUCUGAAUAAUCUGAGUUGGAAUCACUUUUUAGAACACACUUUCUUUUCUCUCUCUCUCUCUUGUUGCUGCCAUUUUUUCUAGAAGUACAUAAUUUUAUAAAGGAACCCCCCCCCAAUCUCUUACAAUUUUUUAUUUUUAUCGGAGCUGUAUCUGGGAAAUUAGUACUGAAGAAAAUUACUGUAUUAAAAGGCAGUAGAAUUUAACACACAUUUAUUGAAUUCCUACUAUAUGUCAGGUGCUGGGUAAGGUAUUAUAUUCUAUAAUAGAAUAUUAUUUAUCAAAAACUUACAAACAAUAAAAUGUAUGAAGCUAAUUUUUUCAGUUUUGAUAUCCUUAGCUUAUCUACUUGCAAAACUAAUUUUUUGCUAAGACUAAUCCAUUCACUAUUUUCUCUAAUAUGGCAGCCACUAUAACCUUAAUUUAUUAUUAACAUACCUAAAAAGUACAUUAUUACCUCUAUACACCAAAGCACAUUUUGAAAGCGUCAUUAACAAAUGUAUUGCCAGUUCUUUUAUCAGCAAGAAGGGCUCAAGAGGUGCAGAAAUAUUUGUGUCAAAAAAAAAAAUAAAAGCAUUUAGAAAAUUU